GCUCAGCUGCGGCGCAGGGUAAUGACGUCACACAAACAGGAAGAGAGCGAGUCAAGCUGGGAAACGUGUGGCCAACGCGAGCCUCUUGAGUUCAAGCAACUUGGCGUUCCCAUAAGAAGAAUUGCAAAAGUUUUGUGUAUAGGAAUCCUACCACCGGGCUGUUGUCAUGUCUCUGAACAAGUCCAUGCAUCCCAGAAACCGCUACAAAGACAAAGCACCAGACUUUGCCUACCUGGCUUCCAAGUACCCAGAAUUCCAAGAACAUGUGCACACCAACCUGAGUGGACGGGCCGUAGUGAAUUUCAAGGAGCCAGAGGCCGUGCGAGCUCUGACCUGCACCCUUCUGAAGGAGGACUUUGGUUUGAGCAUCGAGAUCCCUCUGGAGCGCCUCAUACCCACGGUCCCGCUACGCCUCAACUACAUCCACUGGGUGGAGGAUCUCAUCGAUGGCCAGAAGCAACCGCGUAGAGGCAUUGACAUCGGCACUGGUGCAUCUUGUAUCUACCCGUUGCUGGGAGCCUCAAUGAACGGCUGGUACUUCCUUGCAACCGAAGUGGAUGAUAUAUGCUUUGACUACGCUACCAGGAACGUGGAGCAGAACCAUUUGUCUGACCUGGUUAAAGUGGUCAAAGUUCCCCAGAAGACUCUACUGAUGGACGCUUUGAAAGAAGAGACGGAAAUUGUGUAUGACUUUUGCAUGUGCAACCCUCCUUUUUUUGCUAACCAGCUUGAAGCCAAGGGGGUCAAUUCAAGGAACGCACGGCGACCUCCUCCCAGCUCGGUGAACACGGGUGGGGUGACAGAAAUCAUGGCGGAGGGCGGCGAACUGGAGUUUGUUAAGAGGAUCAUUCAUGACAGCCUGCAGCUCAAGAAACGCUUGAGGUGGUACAGUUGCAUGCUGGGAAAGAAAUGUAGCUUGGCCCCGCUGAAGGAGGAGCUUAGGAAGCAAGGGGUACCCAAAAUGACGCACACAGAGUUUUGCCAGGGGCGCACCAUGCGGUGGGCGCUGGCCUGGAGCUUCUAUGAUGAUGUCCUUGUUCCGUCUCCCCCCAGUAAGAAGCGCAAGUUGGACAGAGUGCGGAAACCUCUUUCCUUCACCCUUCCCCACGUGGCUUUGAGGGAGCUCCAGAUGAAGUCCCGUGGUCUGGACUGCACUGGCCGCCAUCCUCUGGAAGCCAUCACAACUCUUAUGGAGAAGGCGCUAACGGAGCUGCGGGUGCUGCACAAGCGCGUUCCGUGCAGGGAGCAGGAGCAGCGCCUCCUCCUGACCGCGGUGGAAAACACUUGGAUCCACGGUCGACAGAAGCGACGCGAACAAAUGCGGCAGUUGCGAGAGCUGCCAAGAGCACAUCACAGCACCGCGGCUGCCGCCACGACGCCCUCCCUCGCCCAAAACAGCCAGGAGGAUGCCACUCAUGAGUCAGCUGACCAGCAGGUAACUGCAGAGUCGAUUGGCAACAGUGCCCCAUCCGUCGAAAGCAUGAAGGCUACCAAGGCCGCUGGUGAAAUGAAUCAAGAGCUCCUGGAAAAGGUUGCAGGUGAAGAUGGGGAAAUAAUGCCUGAGUGCAGCUCUGCAGGGACAUGUGGCCUGAAGGAUGCCACUAGUGCCACAAGCGAGAUGUCAUCAAAACAACCAGCGAGCCCGGGGUCAGUGGAACACUUCCUGUUUAAAUGUAUGCUGAAUGUGCUGCAGGAGGAGGGCGACGCAAUGAUUGAGAUGCACUGGGUGGAAGGUCAGAAUAAAGAUCUGAUGAACCAGCUGUGCACCUAUCUGAGGAACACUCUUUUAAAGGCUGUUGCCAAAUCAUGAACAGAGAGAGCCGCAGUAGAGAUCAUGGAUACAAAACUUGUAUCUGAGAUGAUUUUGGCAUGUUGAAACAAUUGCAGCCCACAGUUUUGUACGUGAACCAGUGUGAGUCAGUGAUUUAAAUUUGUUGGACUUGACAGUUUACCUUUUUAGGUAAUCACUGCUACUCAUUUUAUUUGACUUUAUUGCCAAGCAGUGGGAAUAAAUGUGAUUUUAUAAAAU